UUCUGGUGUGUCAGGAAGGAGCUUGCAAGUUAGCUCCCUGGCUAAAUUAAUGCAACUUGUUACGCAUAUUCUAUAACUGAUUGUGGAAGUUUUUUUGUGUAGCUGCUUGGCCUUGACAGUAAUAAAUUUAACCUAAAACGAGCGCAGGAAGCUGGAGCUGAGUGUCUGCUUGUCUAGUAUUCCUUUGAUAUGAUGCUUUAAGUUCAGCUAACACAGAAGCUAAGUGACAAGGUGCAACAUGAGAGCCACGAUAAAGAGGCAGUGUGUUCUUCAUGGACCCCGUGGAUCAUGUCUCUGAUCCUGUUUGCCUUCGUGGUUCGAGUCAGGGAUGGACUUCCCCUGUCUGCCUCCACAGACUUCGAACACAACCGUGAGCUCCAGGAGAGGAAGCAGCAGCUCAGGACCAUCAGCAAGGCCCUGGCCCGUUUCCCUGACAGAGGGAGCAUCAAGGGCCAAAAGCUCAACAUAUACUUCGUCUGUUCAGAAGGAGUAUCCUACAUGACCGUGUGCCACUGCAGCCUCCCUGUUGCUAAAGCCUUCUGCUUCCUUGAAGAUCUGCGCUGGGAGUUCACAGCAUGCUUCAAUAGCAGCGUUGUUGCUUUGGCAGCCCGGCCGUAUCCAUUUUUGGAAUUUGACAGCACUAUUCAGAAGCUGAAGCAGCAGUACAACCAAAGCGGCGGUCCAGCCUUGGAGGUGACGUUGGCAGAGGUUCAGGAAGAUCUGAGGAUCAAACCACCACUAGAAAUUAACUUGGAGGAAGUGGAUCUCACUAAUGGCAUUGCAAAUGGGCAUGUUGAUCAAGGUCCUGGGUCUGGUCAAAAUGUAAGACUAGAACCUGUGACGGCACCAGGAAUCCUCUCUCUGGUCCUAAAUAUCAUGUGUGCAUCUUUAAACAUCAUCCGUGGUGUUCACCUGAUUGAGUACACAUUCCAGGAUGAUUAUGACGGGAUGUGGAAUGUUGUGGCAUUUCUUCUGGCGUUUGUCUGCUGCUUGCUUCAGUGCCACCUCUAUCUGUUCCACUCCUCUCUGAAGAAACUCAAGUCCUUCACUCUGUUGAGUAUUAUCAUUCUAUGCAACCUCUACCUGUUCGGCCUGAGGAACAUCUGGCAGCUGAUCUUCCACAUCUCAGUCGCCUCGCUUUCCACCGUUCUCAUUCUCACCCGCAAACUUCAAGAUAGAUCCAAUGACUGUGGGGUCUGAAGAGCGAAGGACACUUUAUUUUGUUGGUCCUCGCACAGCUUGGUGUGUCCCGAGUUUUCAGUGCAGGUGAGAAAAAGAGAGACAAAUGAUUUGACUCUCACAACUUAACAGGAUGCUUUAUGGAUUUUUAACAACACAUACUCAUGAACUUUGUGUCAUCAUGGGAAGUAAUAAUUACAAGAGGAAGUUUCUUGUAUACAGUUUGUAUUUGCACUUUGUGUACAUUGCUUCCAGGAGAGAAAUGCAGCUCUUUCUGGAACUUUUAAAAUUUGUUUUUCACUUAAAGCUCCUGUGAGGAAUUUUCAGUUAGUGUUGAUUUAGGCCCCCCGUAUGGACAGAAUUGUCCUGUAUAUGUGUAAGUAGUUUUUGUAACAUAAAAUAAAACCCUGCUUUACCUUCAUUGAAAAAAAAUCACUUACAUAGAGUCUUUAUGGUGGAAACUGAAAAAGAGGCUGUUAAUUCCCCAUCAGACACCUACCCCACAGCAGCAGUUUCCAUUAUUUAUAAUAGUAUAGAAAUAAUAAGUCUUGUUGCUUAUGAUCUUGUUUCCUUUAGUAGCUCAUCUAGAGGCAUCAGCGUUAAUUUCAGAUGCUUUGAAAAACUCCCCACAGGGGCUUUAAAACACAGAUACCAACAGAAAAGCUUAAAGGAGAUGUCUGUGCUAGAAUCAAGAUGUCAAUCUCAGUCAGUGCCAUCCUUUCCUUUUUUGUUUUAACAAAAUGAAAGGUUUUUUUUUCCCAGUUUGGGUUUCUUACCCCAAAUGGACAUCAAGUGACUAGACUUUUGUCUUGCUGGUGUUGCUGGUCAUGCAUGGGAUUGUCUAAACACAAGAAUUUCAGUUUUCACCAUGAUAACAAUUUAAAUCAAUACUGAUACAGUACAUUGUUUCAAUACUACUGAAACAAAGAUUGAAGUCCCAGGCCCCUAAUGCUUGCUCAUCUAUAGUAUUCAUAAUCCAAAAAAUAGAGUCAAACUCCUCAAUCUGUCUUCAUAGAACAAUUAUGUUGGCAGCAUCUUGAUUCUGAAACAAUGCCAACUUGUGUACUUCAGACAGUGUGAUGAAGUUUGCAUGCACUAUUUGAUGGACUCAUUACUUUCUAACACACCAGUCUUACAAUUUAAAUGUAUUUUUUUUAGGAACAAUAGCUGUUGGUUCUAUUGAUCAGUAAAUAAUGGUGAUUGUGUUGUCAAAAGGACUUGGUACUUAAAAACAUAUCAAGAUAUCACACACUUUGACAGCUGUAAUUAAGAGGCUUUUUGUAUAGAGGCAGCACAUUUUUAUUUCUGCUGCUGCAUCAGGCCGUAAUGGAAGCCAAUUUCCACCACUUAACAAGAAAAGAGUUAGAAGUUAGGCAAUUAAAAAAAAUAAAGUCAGAAUUAUGAGAUAGAAAGUUGAAAUUAUGAAAUGAAAGACAUAAUUAUGAGAUACAAAAUCUAAAUUGAUGUAGAAAGUUAAAGUUAUGAGAUAACAAGUCAAAAUUAUGAGAUAUAAAGUCAUAAUUAUGACAUAAAAACCUGAAAUUAUAAGAUUAAAAAAUCAUAAUUAUGAGAUCAACA